AUGUCGAAAACAAAGAAUAGGAAUAGUUUAUUAUCCUCACAUAACAGGACUUCUGUUUCUAAUAGUACCAAAGAUGAGCUAUUGGCUAUGAAGUAUGUAAUGGAUAAGCCUGCAAUACCACUUUAUCCCUUAAAUGAACUAAGCAACUCUUCAGAAUCCAUUUCAGAACAAAACAGAUACACAUCUAAUAGUUCCACAGAUGAAUUGACUUAUCCUGACUUUAAACCAUGGAAAGAUACAACACACUUGCCUAAAGGUAAAUCUGAAGUAGAAGUUGAAAAACUAAAUAAUGAAGCAUACCUUAAUAAGGGAUACUUUGAAGGUCCCCUGGUUGCCAAUGAAUACUAUUCUGCUAGGAAUUUGAUUCAAGCAUCAUUAUUUUCAUCCAGCAGUAAUUGCGACAAAGUUCUUAAAGAGUUAUCGCAACAUUUAGUCAACUCUUAUAGAACAAGAAAUGAGGUGAUUAAUAAGAUAAAGUAUAACUCAAAUAAAUUCAAAAUACCACCAAGAGUUACCUUGACAGCUCUGAAGAAAGAGGCGUGGCUUCGGGAUCUAGCUAAUCCGGAUGAACCAUUACUGAACAUAUCAAAUAAAUUGCCUCAUGGGAUUAAAAAUAAGAUGCUAGUUGAUAUUUUAUGUAGCAAGAACAUUCCUACUUCACGAGCAUUAUGGCUCACGAAAUGUGUUCUAUACAGUGAGUUAUUGGUAUUGAAAAAGAAAUAUCAAUCAAGACUUCCUAACAAUCCUCAUCCGGUUGAAAAUACUACUUCUGAAACUUUUGAAACUCAGUGGCUACAAGAAUGGACUCAUCAAUUGGUUGACUAUUUCUAUAAGUUUUCAAAGGAUAUGUGCAACAUAACAAUACAAGAGAAAAAGCAAGUGUAUUUGACGAAGUUGAAUUAUCUAUUAAAUUAUGUUCAAGCGCUAUACAUAGAAUGUUUGUUAGACAAGAGUUUUUUUCUCACAUCUAUUUUGAAGUUCUUAAAAGAAGGAUUGCCUUUGGAUCAGUCACAUGUAUCUGAGCUUCUUGCAUUUUCAAGAUCUGAAGGCGAAGAGUCAUCUCUUGAUAAAUGGCUUGUUGACAUAGACUUGAAUUACGGACAAAGGUUGAUUUCAAUCACGUUGGUAAAAAUGUUUUGGAAAGAUAUUUUAGAAUUGGAUUAUUUAUCGAAAGAACUAAGCGAGCUUUUAUUGCUCAACUAUUAUUUUAUUGAGAGGAUCCCAACUUACAAUACGAAAUCUAGCAACUAUUCACAUAAACAAAAUCAUACAGCAGCAUUAUCGCUGACCUUAAAGCUAAAGUUACUAAGCAGCAUUUCUGACACUGUUAAUUAUUUAUUCAAACAUAAUACAAAUGUAUUCAUUAUUCCUAAUUACUGGAUUUUAGUGAACGAAACUCUUUAUAAGAUACUUUUGAGUGAUGUUGCUAACAGUUAUGAUUCCGAAGAACAAACUGAAAUUCGAAAACAACUCAAAUUAAUUAAGUACAGAAACGAAAGUUUAAUGCUAAGCAUGAAAGAUGUACAAUCUUCCAAUUUUGUCGAUGUUAACACAGCUAGGAAUUUAGCGAAAGAUCGAAGAAGAAGUAAUAGUCUUCAACAAUCGCUUCUGCAAGAUACAAAAAACAAUUAUAAUCUGAUUACUGGAAAGAAAAUUCCGAAUACUGUUGAGAAUGAUAAUUAUUUCAUUAAUAGAAAUAGUGAUGAUACGUUGAAUAUUAUCGAUCAACUAGAUAGACUUAAACUAAAUGAUACACUUGCUGAGAUGUUAAUACCUAGUUCAAUAUCUUCUUCUCCUGAUAAUUUUAACGAUUGGAGAGUCAACUUAAAAGUGGUUAUCUAUUGGGCAAUCACUAUAUACCGGGAACAAAUGUCUUCUAGUGAAGGUAUUUUAAUAAUUUGCAACUUCUUGAAACGGAAGGUUCUUCAAAAUAUUAGUGUUAAAAAUGUCAAUAGUAUAAAAGCUGAAUUUGAGAAUGAAAUACUUGAAAUAAUUUACAAUUUAGCUCAUUGUACUGAUGUGGAUAUUAUCGAUUAUAAUUUAUAUGUUUUGAUUAAUGAGUUAUAUCAGUUGAAGGUUAUUACUAUUUCAAGCUACCUAAGAAAAUUGAUAGCAUCAGGUUUAUUCUAUGUAUCACCGAGUGCAGAUGGAGCCCAGUCUCAUAAUGAAAACAACUCGCUGGUUGAAACACAUUUAGCGAUUUUGCAGAAUCUUCCAGUCUUAAAUAACAAGCAAUGCGACAGUAUCUUGAGGAAAUGGACUCCAAAUGGGUUUAAUUUUGAAGAAAAGUUUGAAAAGGGUAAACUAAUUUUGAAAGAAGAAUUAGUCGAUAGACUAAUGCUGAAUUCGUUCGAUGGUUAUUGCGAUGAAAAGUUGACUUACAUUAAAAACUUGAAAGUUGGAUUAAAAUUUUUAUUGGUGAAUUGGCUUACAAAUUAUCUUAAAACAUCUAUAACAAAAUCUCCAAAGUUGAUACAUAUUAACCCCAACAUUAUAACUAGUCUUUAUAAUUUUUAUGCGUUGUGUGAUAAUCUAACGGUAUUUUUCAAAGUUUUAAUAAAAUUUAUCUUAAGGAAUGAAGGUAAAGUGAUCAUUUGUUACAUGGAUUCGUUAUAUUUAAUUAGCAAAUUGAUUAUCAGACAUUUCAAGUUGGUUAAAUUUAUAGCUGGAAAAAGCUAUGAAUCUACCACUACGGGAUACGAACUUUUCAAAUUAAUUAUCCUUAAUUAUAAGGAUUUGCUGACAAGAGACAAUGAUUACUAUAACUUCAGUGAUGUUUGGUAUUUCAUAGAUAAUGCGGUGGAGAAAAAUGAGCCCACUUAUGGUAAGAGUUCAGAUGGUAACAAUGAUAAUGCAUUAAAACAUAAAAACUUUAAUCAAUUACUUUUUGCGAAAGAAACUGUCGAUUCUCCAAUGAGAAUUCAUGCAAAUAGCAACACACCACAAAAGAAUAAUGACAGUUACACGGCUACCGUCUUCAGAAACGAUUUAGAUUUGUUAUUAGAGGCCCCUAUUAAACUUUUGAAUAAUACUGAUAUUACGGACUUCAUUAGUACACUUGAACUAAAUGUCAGUAACGAGGCAUUUAAUGAAAUUUCGAACACUGAAGAAUCAGUUAUAAUUAUAAUGGAGUAUUAUUUUAAGAAUAUUGGAGAGUUUACUGAAUUGCACGAGAACUUAUGUAUGAGAUUAUUGAUAAAUUCUAAAAGAUCCUUAGAUAUGACAACCAGAGGUAUUUUCUUUGAUAUUAUGAAACAUUUCAUAAUAAAUUUGGUUAGAACUAAGCCGGGUAUCGAAAAGCUAAUUACGCUAUUCAAAAAGCUCAUGUGCUUUGAAGUGUAUCAACCUCAUGAAUUAUUUCUGACUUUAAGAUCUAUAUUGCCCAGAGAGCUAUCGCAUGAACAAAUGGAUGCUCUUAAAUAUGAAUUACUUUUCGGAAAUCCCGAAAGUGAUAAUAAAAAUCUAUUCAAUGAUCAGGCUUUAGUUUUAAGAUGCAUCCGGUAUUUAUAUGUUAAACGUCACUCUAAUGAUGUAUUUAUCACAUUAUUAGAUAGCUUUUCCAACGAGAAAGAAACAUUUUUCAAUUCCUACGCUCUAAAAGCAUACAAUAGUAAGGUUUUAAGCUUCUUUAGACAAUUUAGUAUAUCGAAUACUAAGUUUUUUAUGGAUGGUCUUUCAAAAGUGGCCUCUAACUCAGAUAUUAUUUCAUUCCUCAAUUUACUAAUAUAUAUAUCGGAGGAACCUAUUGGAAGCAGCAGUGAUUUACCAAGAUUAGCUUCGAUAAUUGACGAGUUCAAUUUGCCGGUCUGUCAAGUAUUAAUCAAAAUAAUCAUUAUGAAUGAACUACGUGACUCAAAUAAGGAUAAGUCGAUAGAAAAAUUAAGAUACAUACUUGAUAUGCUCUUAAAUAAUCUUAAGUUUCAUUUUGUUUCUUAUAAUUCAUACUUUGGGGAACUAUUCAAUUAUCUUUCAUGGGAGCAUAAGUUGAAUAUUUUAUCUAUCUUCGAGCAUAACUUUUUAUGCAACACUGAAUUUAUUGUAUCUGAUGAUAAAUUCACUGAAAAUAGUGUGUGUUUAAUGAGCAGUGAUGGAAGGACUAACCUAUUAUCAAUAUUGAAGGAUUACUUCAAAAAGUUUUCAGUUUCUUCUCUAAACACCGUAACGACUUCUAAAGAAGUAUUUCAUAAUUUAUCAAAGUUUUUACUAAAAGUAUUGCAAUUGGCAAACGCCGAUAUAAUUGGUGAUAGCAGACGGGACGCAUAUAAUACAAUUUCAAUUUUCUUGAGGAUUUUAAUUAUUCAUAAGCUUUCGUUGACUUCAAUGAUUAUUGAGCAAGACGGACAAGACCUUCACUUCAUAAAAAACUUAAUUGCAUUGCUUGAAUCAAAAUUUUUAUGUUUCAACAAUGAGAAGUUGAGGAUUUUGUUAUAUGACUUGUUAUUACUAAUGAAGAGUUCAAUUACUCUGUCGAUGAUUCUUAACCCAGACAGUAACUUGGCUGAUGACAUGACUACCGAUACCAGCCAUCAGCAGCAUAGUCCAUCCAAUGAUUAUUUAUCAAGGUCCAAUCCUGAUGGUACAGAGGUGGGGAACAGUAACUCGAAGUAUUUUGGGGUGCUGAAUAUAUCUACAAUUCCAAAUUUGUCGUCUGUUUUCAAUAUUUCGGAACCUAACAUUUCAUACCCUUUAAAAAAGUAUACUGAUGAUUCAAAAAUACUUUGUGCGCUAAUGUUAGAAGAAUCUGAAUUACAAAAAGGAGGUGAUAUUUAUGCCUUAAAUGACAGUAAGUUGAUAUUGCUCCCUUCUAGACGUGAAGCUCUUAGUAGUGCAUUCGAUAUAUUGAAUGAGACUCAGCAGACUGUUUCUAAAAAGAGGUUUAAAAUAGAAAGCUACGAAUUAUUAGAAGAUACCGGUAUCGAACUAAAUAAUGGUUGUAUUAAUCUACUGCUUUUUGAUGCAUUUACCACAAAAGAAAAUCCUCCAUAA